AGAAAAAAGUUCUAAACAUUAUAAAAGUAAACAUAGAAUCAUAAGUUCGAUAUGAUGUUCAAGAAAAUCAACAGUUUCCUUUUCAUAAGAAUUCAUGUAAUAAUCAUGAGGAAGAAAAAAAAAUUCCACCGAAAAAAGUUCUAACUAAGAGUUUGCUCGAAAGUGAGAGAGAAAAAAAAGUUCUAAGCAUCGACUCAAUUCGAGAAGGAAAAUAUAAAUUCUCAGUUCAAUGAUGUUCAGUAAAUCGUUCAGUCGAUAAUCAUCCUCAUCAUCGUUCUCAUUAUCAUGUUGAUCAUCAACUAACAAUUUAAACGCAGUUUCUUAAUCAUUUAGUGAUUAAUUUUGCCCAAAGAUUCAAAUGAUUAACAGAAAUUUAACUUUUCCAACAAGCGUAACAAUUAAAAUCCAAUCAACAACAACAAAACCAGCAACUUUAACUACCAAUGGAUUAAUCAAUUUAAUAAUCAACACAACUUCUUACAAUUACUUAACAACUGAUUCUCAAGUGAUUAGUGAAAAUGAUGAUAAUCAAAUUAACUCUAAUGAACAAAUCAAUGAAAACCUUUUUAUUGAAUAUAAUCAAAGUGAUGAAUCAAAUUCAACGAUAAUCACAGAUCCUGAAUAUCUUGAUUUCACUCAGAUUAAUUUGAUUUGUUCAAUAUUCAUCAUCCUCUAUUUAAUUGUGAUCAUUUUUUCACUGGUUGGCAAUUUAAUUGUAAUCGGAACCGUUAUUUUUAAUCGUAAGAUGCAAACGGUUGUUAAUUAUUAUAUUGUUAAUUUAGCAAUUUGUGACUCUCUGGUUGGAUUUUUCGUCGCACCAAUUAAGCUAAUUGAGUUAAUUGCUCCACCAUCAUGGUCAAUUCUCAACGAUGACCUUUGCACUGCUUUGCUUUACCUUCAAACGGUCAUCGUAUUCACCAGUGUAUUAACAUUGGUGGCGAUUUGUUUUGAAAGAUAUUUUGCCGUUGUUCAUCCAUUAACAAGUAGAAUUCAUCAAUCUAAAUCACGAACAAUUAAAAUUCUCCAUGGUGUUUGGUAUAUUCCUCUAAUAAGCGCAACCCCGUUUCUUAUGCCAUCAAAAGCAACACCCAAUAGAUUGACUUCCAACCUUGGAACCAUCGAAAGGGUUACAUGUUUCACUGAAUUUUCCGCUUCCUUCCGAAGUAAAUAUUAUACCUGUCUAUUCAUUUUCUUUUACCUGAUACCAUUAAUCUUAAUUGGUUGGACCUGCUAUCAAAUUGCUCGAUGUUUAAUCAAACAAACAAUCCUCCAAAGAGAGGGUCUUCUCCGUCGACAAGAAAUAAACCGUCGCAAGAUUGCAAAGAUGAUUCUGGUGGUUGUAUUAGCAUUUACCAUUUCUUGGACACCCUAUUUUCUGGUGACAAUUGUAACCCAAUAUCAGAAAGUUAAUUUCAUGCAUAAACAUAAUUACUUUUUCACAAUGUUAUCAAUUAACUUAUUCGCUUUCCUUAAUUCCUCCGUUAAUCCGUUCAUUUAUGUCCUAAUGUCAACUCGAUUUCGUCUUGGAUUCACCAACAUAUUGAAGGUGUUACUUUGCGUUUCGACCCACGAUGAGCUUGAAGAAUCAGAUCGAAUCGUUUCCGGUGACCAGCCCCAGAACCAGGUGAUUAGUGGUGGUGGUCAACCGAUCGAUCAACCAGAUAUGGUUAACCAAAGAUCAGCAUCAGAAUUGGAAAGACAAUUAACUUCCAACCCUGAGAAUCAAUUGACAGUUAACUUACCCUUUAAUGGUAAACCAAAUGAAACUUUGAAAGGUAAAUUAACAUCAUUAGCCAAGUAUCGAUAUCAAUUAGUCCGAUUUAUUUGCGGACAAUCUGUUAACCUGUCAAACGAUUCGGGUCACAGUGAGUCCAGUCCGCCCGUUUCGGGCUAUCUAACCGAUAAACCCACCGAAGUGGCCGAUGAUUAUGACGAUGCUGGUGAUAAUCAGGGUAAAAGGCAACCAAACAAUGAUAAUUAUCAAGAUGAAAAAGUAAUUGAAUCAAAAUCUAUUAAUAUUAAUGAAUCAAUUGGUUUAUUCAAUCAAUUACAAUCUCAACUUGAUCCGAUUAAUUGUUCAACACUAUUUAAAUCAUCAUCAUCUUCCCCACCUCAGCCACAAUCACCACCCACUUUACCGUUAUCCUCAAUCAUCUCAAAUUGUACCAAAGAUCAACUUAAUCAUGGAUCAAUAAUUAAUCCAAAUGAGAUGAUUAUCUCAUCUGAAUUUGGACUUUUAUCAAAACAACGUCGAUACAGUGACAAUUUACUCAAUUGUGGUAAUAAUCAAUUGACCUCAGUAAUUGAGAAAGAUCAAAAUAAUCAAGCUAAUUAUAAAUUGUCCAACACUCCAUCAUCACCAAAUCAAUUGUUAAUAAUUAACCAAUCAACAUCAUCAUCCGCUAAUUGUGCCAAUAGUAAAAAAAGUAACAUUAACAAUAAUCAAUCUGGACCAGUUAAUUAUAAUCGAUCCAAAUCAGAGCCACAUUUUAUUACAUCAACCCAAUUGUAAUUAAUCAACAAUUAAUUGUUAACCCAAAGAAAGUCAAUUGUCUUUAUAAUGAUUGCUAAUUGUAAUCAGCUACAAUUAAUGAUAAUAUUUUCAUCAAUUCAAGAUGAUAAUCUAAUACAAUGUAAUUUAAUUGAUUGAAAGCUGAUAUUUGUUACUAAUUUAUAUCAAUUUAAAGCAAAAUCUAAACACUAAUUAUAUAAAUUGUCAAAUUAUAUUGAUUAAUGAUUAAUCAGUAAUUUCCUAUUGCCUGCUCUAUGUAAUUCACUUCAAGGUUAAUCAACAAUUGUAAUCAUCUCAAUUAACUAUUGUAUAUUCAAUUGCCUUGAUUGUUACUCUUUACAUUUAAUCAUGUCCAAUGUAAUCAAUAAUCUGAUGAAAUCUGAUUAACAAUUAUAUUCAUUAGAAAAUAACUAAUUGUAACAAUUUGUUUUCUUUUGGGUUGAAUUUUUUUGUUUCCCUUAAUUUGAUUGGGUUAUUUUAAUUAUCAUCGAUAAGUAUAAAUAUAAAACUGAUAAUCAGAAAUGAUUAUCAAUAAAAAUCGGGUAAUUGUAACAAUCAAAAACGGCGUCGAUCGGUUGAUUACAUCAACCAAUAUCAUUAAGGAACAAUUUGUUUUACUCUUUCGUUAAUUUAGAAUAAUAUUUAUUAUUGAUUAGAAUCAAUAAUUGAUUGAUUGUUAGAGAGGAAGAAAAUUGAUUACGAGAAACAAGUGAAAAUUACCAGGAAUAAAUAGAAAAUGAGUUUCCUGUGUUAACAGAA